AGAAGGAAAGAGGGACGCAAGCAGGACACCUCGGCAGAAAUGGCCAGCAAACUGAUGGACCUGGUCUACUGGAGGAGCACCUGUCUGACUGGUGUGGUGUUCACAGGCUUGGUGGUGUGUCUGGCCAGUCUGUUCCAGCUCAGUGCCAUCACCUUGCUCUCUCACAUCUGUCUGGGUAUUAUGUGUGUCACCUUUCCUCUCCGCCUCUACUACAAGCUGCUGGAGCUGCUGCGAUGCAACCCCGGGCUGCACCCCUUCCAGGCGUACCUGGACUAUGACAGCACUCUGACAGACAAGGAGACAGUGAUGUUCGUGGAGGAUCUGGUGUUGCUGAUUGCGUUUGCCGUCACAGAACUCAAACGUCUUCUUUUUAUUGACAAUGUGAUUGACUCGCUGAAGUUUGUUUUACUGCUGUACCUGCUGACGUACGUUGGUGUCUUCACCACUGGGCUGACUCUGAUCAUAACUGCGGUGAUUGUUCUUUUUUCCUUUCCUCUGCUCUACAAAAAACAGCAGGUGAGGAUAAGGAGGAUUGUAAGAACUUACAAAGCUUUUGAGAAGAAAAUCAGAAACUGGUGUCUGACUGUGUACGACGCAGUGAGAUCCUCUCGUCCGCCAGCUGCCGCCUCAAAAGCUCCAGCGGUACCUGCCUCCAAACAGAAAGUGAAGGCAAAGUAAAGGAAGCAUCCAGAACGUUUACACACAAAAUGACGACAGUGGCGGUGCAUCUUCUUUGGGGCUGCUCACUUCCAUUAGUCCACCAUGACGUUGGUUUAGCAGCACCAUCUAAUCUAUGCUGACAGCUGAAAACAAAGCUGCUAUUCAUUACUCGAGAAGAGAGAGGGGGAGAUGAGUGAGGGGAGGAAUUUUAUUCACCGAGAUACUUUGUGUGUGUGGGCAAACUGCUUCACACAUCAAUCAGGGACGGCACACACAAGAACAUUGUUGUUUUUGUGGCAACAGGUCUAUUUUUACAUUAACACGAGCACCGUGUUCCUGUUGAGCAUCAGCCCACCAACAUUACAAUAUAAUUGAUAUGAACAUCAACUACAAAUUAUACAGUAACUGUAUGUCUUAAUAUUUUCAUUGUCUAGGAACCCCUUCUAACCUUUUAUAUGACCUUUCUACAGUAUGUGAAGUUUGAUCUACUUCUGAAAUUUGUAUUUAAAAAAGGUAACAUUAACUAACAAAAAUGAGCAAAUUCAAUUUAAUUUGCAUAGAAUAACGGCAUAAAAUGACAAAAGUAAUAGCAGUAACAAUUUGCACGCCUAUUGGAGCUCUAAAACUAUUCCCAAAUAUCGGGCAUCAUUGGCAGUGCAUUAGGUACCUGGGCCUUCAGUAGGGACUUAGUCAACUUAAUCCACCUUUUACCACCACUAUCACGUCACAAUUAUACAAACCAUCAAUAAUAUAGAAAAACACAAUAUAAGGUGUGGCAUUACAAAGAGACGUUUGCUUAUUGGAGAUUAUUACUAAAGAAUGAAACCCAGUUAACCCUUUAUUUUCCAAUACAUCGUCACCGAUACGCGCAAUUUAUAUUUCUGCUGGUAACUUUGAGCAUUACGCCAAAUGGCCAUUUGGCCAAAUGUAACAAGCGUCAAUGUAACAACUCCAAACAUCUACACUACAACAUCAUCUGGAGCAGUUCAAAAUCAAUAUUUAUCGAAUAACAUGACAAAAACAUGCAAAAAAUACAUCAUACUCACCAGAGUUUUUUUUUUAUAGAGAAAAUCCAUCAUCCUUUCCAGAUCAAGACUAUUUGUCUAACAGUUUUGCUCUGAUCAACCAAUCGGAGGACAGGAAAAUGCUAUUAAAAAAUGACAGUUUGCUGACCCUGUGAGGCAAAUCUGAAAUCUGAUUGUUUAAAAAGAAAUAGCCCCAUUGCAAAUAAAGUUUAAGUGACAUUGGCCAGAACAACUGAUUCUGAAGGCCCUUAGAUUGAUAUGGCAACACAUACAAGCGGAAGUCUGAUUGGACAAUAAAAUCAAACAUAUACACGCACUGGAAGCAGUACAGCCCAGAGACUCGCUACAAAAUGAAGAUAAGAGACUGCUGGGAAUAAACUGAUACAAUUUCAUGGAACAAAUACCAGAAUUUAUGUUGUAAAUGUAGGUUAAUGCUUCUGUGUUAUGGCCAGCAGAGAAGGUUUUGCUGGCCCUGAUGGCAAACCACUGAUCAUUGGUAAUAUGCAUGCAAAACGUGCUGAUGGUUUGAAGCAACAUUUUGAAUUUACCUACUGGGUGGUCCUGAACACACCUUUAAACUGACCACAUUUAUAACAUAACCGUGCAAAGACACACAAAAUGUAACACAAAGAUCAUUUCAGAUUAGGUAAACGCACACAUUACAGCAGGGAUGCCCAAAGUGCGGUCCAGGGGCGAUUUUUAGCCUAAUUUUUUUUUUUAAACGGCCCUUGACAUAUUCUAAAGAUAAAAUGAAAGGGAUAGUUUGGAUUUUUGACAUGAAGUUGUAUGACAUCCCCAUCAGCAUUGUAGUCCAAUAACAGUGACUUACCCCCCACUUGGUCUCCUAAGUCCAGUUCUGGUCAGAUUUGUGUGAUGAAGAACGUAGUUCCGCUUAGUUGCUGGGGACAAUUAAGUAGGAGAAGGCAUUUUUGUCAUGCGAAUGUAUUAAUCUUUUGAAUGCAUAUUGUUUUGAGAAGCCAAACUCUUUACUUAAUCGUCCUCAGCAACGAAGCGGAACUACGUUGUUCAGCACAGAGAUCUGACCAGAACAACUUCAUACAACACUGUCCCUUUAAUGCAUUAUUAACGAGAAAUAUUAUUAGAUAUUACACUCAUUUGCUUUGUCACCUAUAACACAAAGCUAAGAUGUUGAUGCUUCGUUCAGUUAGCUCAGCAUAUACUGUCCCACAUUGGAUUGUUUUUUUUAGCAUCUUUAAUGUACAAAAUGUUUCAGUGUAAAAAGGGUAAAAAGACAGACAGUUCCAAAAUUAGAAAAACAUGAAAAACAAUACAAUGACGUCACAACAACUGUUGUGAAACUGGUCUCCGCCAACAUAAUUCCAUUGUCCCAAACAUUUUAGGGACAUUUAAACAAAAGUAAUAUAACGUCAGUUUAUAUUACAAAUGGGAUUGUCUUAAGUCAGUUGUGACUGGCAAAUUGCUGCUGUGCUCCAACUGUGGAUCUGUUUAUCAAGUGCAUUUAUUUCAUAAGAUCAGUGUUACUGUACACAAACUGACAUGUCUUAAUCAGCCACAUGACACUACAAGGAAGUAAACAUAUCUACCGACACUACUACACAACACUACUGUACAUAUGUGGACUGUGGCUGUAAAAUGCACUUUGCAGAAGCUGCCAACUUCCCUUUUCACGUUUUUUGUAGUCAUUUGGAAUAUUGGAUACAACGCACACUUUUGACACAUCAAUCCAACAAGAAUAUUCGUAUCAGUGCAUUAUACUUUCUACUUUUUAUUCUUGGCUGUUCAUGUUUAACUCACAUAUGCUAUACAUAUGUUUUUCUAUGCGUACCAUUCGAAACUGUAAAAAAGUAACAAAAUAAAAGAAUA